AAAUAAACAAAACAAAAAUACUAAAUCGCAAGUUGAAUCAGCAUCCGCCAAAAGAGUAAAGAGAAUGUCAGUUUCUGAUGAUCAUACUGAACUUAUGGCUCAUAAUGAGGUUGAGAAACAUAUCUUACCUC